GACUAAACCCCGCCUACCAGGUGCGUUCAGGGGCGAGUCACUCGCUACUUUUUCCACACAGACCGAAGUGAAGUUUCACGGUGACAGAGUUUUUUUUACCGUAACUUUUCCCUUAUUGAUUCCAUGAGUCCAGUCUGCAAACUUGUAUGAAGGGACCGUGACAGAGGAAAGUCAGUAUAAAUGUUGUUGGACCAUAUGUUUCGGAUAUUAUGGCCUCUGCUUCUCUUGGUGACAGGGGUACGACAUGUGAGUGGAAUAGAUAUUUACACUCCAAAUGAAAUGGAAGCAGUGAAUGGCACAAAUGUGAAACUGAAGUGCACCUUCAGCUCCAGUCACCCAGUGACGCCCCAGUCAGUCAUCGUGUCUUGGAACUUCCGCCCCAUCAACUCAGGAGCAGAUGAGUCGGUGUUUUACUACCAGGAGGUACCAUACCCUCCCCAGCAUGGGCGUUUCAAAGGCCAUGCUGUGUGGUCAGGUGAUAUAAUGAAAAAGGACGCCUCCAUCACCCUGCAUGAGGUGCCUCCAACCUUUAACGGUACAUUCAUCUGCCAGGUGCGCAACCGUCCAGAUGUGCAUGGCAGUAAUGGAGAAAUCAUGCUUAAAGUUGUCAACAAAGUUUCUUUCUCUGAGAUCAGCAUGCUGGCGCUCAUAGUUGGAAUUGCCUGUGGUCUAAUCCUGAUCCUGCUCGGCAUUGUUGUGGCAGUGAAGUUCUGCAGGAAGAGGCGCAUGGACAGCGACAUAGAGCUGCACCCUCGGGAGCAGGAGUGGAAGGACCCAGCUGUGUGCACACCGGCAGAGGCAGCUCAUCUGACACUUGUGAGAGGGAAGAAAGAAGCUGAAAGUUCAGACGAUGAAGAGUUUGAGCCCAGCAGUGGAGAUGAUGAUGAGGAGGAGGAUGGCGAAGAGGAAGAUGAUGAUGAUGAUGAUGAUGAUGAUGAUGAUGACGACGAUGAUGACGGUGGUGAUGAUUAAGAGUUGAUGAGAGUCUCAUUUACUAUUACAGCACCAGGCUUUGUGAAAUUAAUUAAAGCUGCAGUAGGGUCACUAGGGAAAGAGUUGGCAGUUGCUUUUCAUCCACUGGUUAUUUAAACGCUAAGGUUUUGGGAUGGCAACUCUCAUCAGAUGAGUCAGACCUUUUCUCUCUUUUAUUUUGGUUUAUUUGCUUUUUAAGAAGUUGUGAGUAAAUUAACAUUUCUUAAACAAUAUUAGUUUCCAAUGCAUUUUGUAUCUGUAGUGCACUUACACUAAUAAAAAUAGGUUAUUAUGCGAUGUUUGAUCGGUAACACCAAAACAUCCUGCCUACUGUCUAAUUUCUUACAGUGUUCUUCAUUGGUCUGGCAUUGGAUUCACGAUGGAAAGGUUUAAAAUAGUUUUUCAUUGCAGCUGCUUUUUUUUCUGAUUAUUUCUUUAUCUGUGUCAAAACCCUGAAGCCUACAUUGACGUCAGGAAGAUUGUUGAUUAUGAAAAUAAUUGUAAGUUGCAUCCCCAAAUGUAACUUUAAACUACAAGCUGGGAUAUGGAGAAUGCUAGAGAGGUUUGGGAGGAUUGUGCUUUUUUGUUUGAUUGUUUUUCAUAAUCCAAGAUUUGUUUUACUCCUACAAUUUGAACUGUUCAAAUCCAUCCAUCUAAUUCUAUUAAUAAUAAUUUCCAUCAGCCUGUACGCUGAGGGGGUAGUGCUGCCCUCCACAUUUCGAGGUUCAUAAUCACAGUUCGAAGUUGUCCUUCAUUCUUCUAUCCUCCUCAUUCCUAACAUGAGGAAAUUGUUUUUGGAUUUCAUGUUGCGUAACACUGAGUAACACUGUUUUAUUCAAAUGUAGUAGUUUUCCUCAAGGUCUUUUAACAUACUUUGUAAAAUGUUGCUCUCAUUUACUGGCAUAGAUUGAUGCACAUGUGGUAAUUUGACUGUUUACAUGCAGCCGCUGCUGGAAAUGUAUUGUCUAGAACAGCAAGGAAAUUCAUGAAUUUUAAUGUUUUAUAAAUGAACUAUAGAUUUUUGUACAGAGCCUGUUCAAUUGAACUUCCACGCACGUAUGCACGCACUGUUUAUGCAUAUGACUCACUGCCACGUUUCUUCUGUUCAUUAAAGGCCUUAAUGCAGUGGCUGAGACAAAGCUAAAUCUUCAGUGAGAGCGGAUUUUAGUUAUUGAGUGUUGAUGAAUGAAAUGAGAGAAUGGGUGUUGUCAUUUCUUUUAAAUUUCCAGAGAAUCCAGAGUAAGAUGUAUGAGUGAUAAUCAAAUCAUUUUGUAAUUGCGUCGGCAACACUGCAUAUGUGUGAUUUUCUGUUUUGAUUUUUGUACAUAGUGUAAAUGUAAACCAAAGUUUAAAAUGUUUUAAUGUCCCGAAUGUGCCACAUGUUUCUAAGUUGUAACCUUUCAAAAUAUAUAUUUUUUAUAUGUAUACAUAUAUAUAAAAACAUAUCAGGUGUGGCAACAGAUCAUGUCUUGAGGUGAGCAGACUGUCCAGACAUACCAACCCGCUGCCACUCCUUUAUUUGUCACACUUCCUGGUCCUGAAAAGGGCAUUGAGCUCAUGCUUUAAUAAUAUUCAACUACUUUUUCAAAUACAAUAAUGCAACCAGACCAUGGUCUAUAGAUCUACAUAAUUUACAUAUUUCAAAAUUGUGAAAUGACUUGCUUGGCCUUUUUUAUUGUAAAUGGAAAAUGGAAAAA